UUUAUGGUUCACGUACAAGGUAAAGUUCCAUAAGGAGGUGCAAGCAGAAGAAGAAUUGGCGUCACCCUUCAGUUUUUCAACCAAAAGGAGUUUAGAUCAAAGUCUCAUUACAACGCCGUGAUCUGCUCUUCUUGCUGCCUUUGAUCUAGGGGUCCGGACCUAUUGCAUUUGAAUCAAGGCUUUGGUUCUGUUUUUAUCGUUAGGGUCCUUUAUUCUUUUUUGGUGGCAUUCAUACACGUGUACGCUUUUUGGUGGCAUUCAUACACGUGUGCGCUUUCAUCUAUAUAACGAAUUAUGUCCAGCAGAAUAGGGGUAUCCAAGCAUAGCAGAAUAGGGGUAUCUAAGAAGGCCACUAGAACUCAACGUACCGAUUUGCCUGCAUCUAUUGAGGUUGUUAAUCUCAAUGAUAUGGUGUUGCAAGAUGUUCCCACCGCUUAUGACGAUGAAUACAACAGUACUUCAACCUCUUUAGUAUUUUCAAACAAAGGAAACAACAGUCUCCAAACAUUUACACCAAGUUUUGAACAAAAUACUCCCGUUGGUGGUGUUUUUACGUCACAUUUGGUAGCUGGAACAAGUUCUCAUCAAGUUUCUAUACCUCUUCUUAUCGCUGAUCGUCCCACUGUGCAUUGUCUGUUGGCCAGAAAUACUCCAGGUAUUCAUUCUGUUACAAACCCGCUCAUUACCGGGCAGGCCACCUAUCAGAAAAAAAGAAAGCGUAUGUACUCUUUCAAUAUAACUUUUUGUAUUUCCUUAUGGAUUUCAAAAUUUGACUUUCCUCUGUUAAUUAACUUCUAUCAAUUCGUUUGAUGUACUUUCUAUUACUCUUUCUUAUUUAUAGGGAUUGAUCCAGAAUAUGUUGGUUUUGGAUUAAGAAAUUACCAAUGUCAGUAUUGCAGUGCUCUAUUUUGGUCUGCAGAACAGACAAAAAAAAAUCCUGAGCGUCCUUCUUCUGUUUCUACCCCGCAGUUUACUGCGUGUUGCAUGACUCAAAAAGUGCAAUUCCCACGUCCUAAACCCACGCCCGCUUUUUUGGAUCGUUUGUUAAACCCCACAAAUUCUCAAAGUUUUUUGCAGUUCAAAAAAAAUAUUAGAUCAUAUAAUUCAAUGAUGGCAUUAACUUCAAUGGGGGCCAAAGUUGAUGGAUCGAUCAACAAGGGUCAGGGUCCAUAUGUUUUUAAAAUAAAUGGUCAAGUACAUCAUUUGAUGGGUUCUUUGUUGCCUCCAGAAGGUGACAAUCCUAAAUUUACACAACUGUACAUUUAUGACACUCAGAAUGAAGUCAGCAAUCGUAUCGGUUGUUUCAACAGAUCAGAAGCAUCUGAAAAACUCGAUCAACAAGUUGUUGGUGGCCUCAUUAAAAUGCUAGAUGAGUGUAAUGAAGUCGUUCAACUUUUUAGGCAAGCCAGGGAUAGAAUUGAUGAAAGAUCCACAAGUAAUUUACGCCUACGUUUGUACGGUGCACAUAGCAACCAUGAUAUGCAAUACAAUCUACCGACAUGUGACGGGAUUGGUGGCUUGAUAGUUGGGGACAUUGGCCAAUUUCACACCGAAAGGGAUAUUGUUGUGGAGCAUAAAACAGAUGGCCUACAGAGAAUCACAAAGUUACAUCCUAAGUACAUGGCUCUUCAAUAUCCUCUUCUUUUCCCAUAUGGUGAAGAUGGGUACAGAAAAGGACUUCCUUGGAAUCCAAAUUUUAGGGGGAAAAAACCCAAGAAUGGGGGGGUAACAAUGAGAGCAUUUUUGGGUUAUCAAAUUCAGGAUAGACCAGGACAAAGUGACACCCUGUUAAAAGGCGGCAGAUUGUUUCAACAAUACUUAGUUGACGCAUAUGCGACUCUUGAAGAAGAUCGGUUAGACUUCAUUAGGUUAAAUCAAGAUUCUUUUAGAGCAGAAGGUCUUAAAGGAAUUCAUGAAGCUCUCAAAGCAGGAAAUGCAAGCAGUUCUGGUGUUGGCAAGAGAGUUAUUCUGCCAACUUUGUUUACUGGCAGUGUUAGAUAUAUGAUAAAUAAUUAUCAGGAUGCUAUGGCUAUAUGUCGCCACCAUGGAAAUCCUGAUUUAUUUAUCACUUUCACCUGCAAUGCUAAAUGGCCCGAGAUUAUUGAAGAUCUACGUGAUAAACCUGGUUGUAAAGCUGAAGACAGGCCAGAUUUAACUUCCAGAAUUUUUAAAGCAAAACUUGACCAUUUGAUAAAAUACCUCAAGUCAGGAAAACCUUUUGGUGUUGUCGAAUCAGGUUAGUUCGUUACACUUGACUAAUUUUUUCUGUUGAUUUGUUUCAAUCUUAUCACUACAAGUCCUGAGAGUCCAUGGUUUUAAUAUAUCUACAUGUUUGUUUGUUUUGUUUUUUUUUUUUUUUUUUUAACAGUGAUUUACACGGUGGAGUUUCAAAAAAGAGGUCUUCCUCAUUGUCAUAUCUUGCUCUGGGUUAAUAAACAUUAUAAGUGUCAUUCGCCUUAUGAUGUUGAUUCUAUCAUUUCGGCUGAGAUUCCUAAUGAAGGAUGUGACAAAGCUGGGUAUGAUGCAGUUUCGCAAUACAUGAUACACGGCCCAUGUGGUGUUCCGAAUCAAUUUUCACCUUGCAUGAAAGAAAACAAAUGUUCAAAAAAAUUUCCUAAAUCUUUCACAAGUGAAACCACUUUUUCCACAGAGGGAUUCGUUGCAUAUAAGCGUCGAGAUAUAGAGAAUCUGUUUGUUCUAAAAAAAGGAAUCAAGCUUGAUAAUGCAUUUGUUGUC